AUGGGUUAUCCAUACUAUUCCCCUCCACCACCUUCGCUGCGUCCGCCGCCGCCGCCACCAACUUCAAAGCCUCCGCCGCCAACUUACCCACCUUCUUCCCCAACUAGCCCAGCCCAAGAACCUUCUCCCCAAAAUCCAAAACCACCAUAUACUUCUCCACCAAGCAACACUCCUACUGCAGUUCCACCAACUCCUAGUGGGCUCGCACCGGUGCCAUCUCCGAGCAAACCAACUCCGCCUAAACCCUCUCCACCAAGCCAUACUCCUAGUACAACUCCACCACCGCAACCAACUCCUAAUGGACCAGCACUGGUGCCAUCUCCGAGCAAACCAACUCCACCUGAACCCUAUCCACCAACCCGUACUCCUAGUCCACCUCCACCGCAGCAACCAGCACCUAGUGGACCAACACCGGUGCCCUCUCCGAGCAAACCAACUCCACCCGAACCCUAUCCACCAAGCCAUACUCCUAGCCCACCUCCACCACAGCAACCAAUUACUCCUAGUGGACAAGCACCGGUGCCCUCUCCGAGCAAACCAACUCCACCUGAACCCUAUCCACCAAGCCUUACUCCUAGUCCACCUCCACCACCAAAUACUUAUCCCGUAUCACCACCAUAUGCUUCACGUCCACUACCACCAACAUUUCCCGGUUACUCUCCACCUGGUUAUGGUUUAACGCCACCAAUAUAUAACUCAGUGCCGCCUUCAUCAAAUGUAGUGACACCACCACCACCAGGAAACAACCACACGACUAUAAUCGUUGUGUGUGCCACACUUGGUGGCGCGUUCUUUCUUGCAUUCCUUUUAGUUGGUCUUAUUUGUUUGGCAAAAAAGAAAAAAAAGCUACUUCUGAUUCCGCCUGCAGUUUGUAUAGAAGAACACGAAGAGAUUCAUGAAGCAAUCGCAACAGGACCAAGCAGAGAAGAAACUGUUACGGUGUCAAUUGAAGAUGAUGUACAAAUUCAUCAAGUUGGAGCUCGUUGA